AUGGCCAAGAAGCUUCUGGUCGUGUUAUUCACCAUCUUAUUGGUGCAUAUGUCUUUGAUUAUUUCUGGAGUUGAUUGCAGAGCCCUGAAAACAGAGCAGAUGAACGGAUGUGAUCAAAUGGCCACCUUAGACGGCGGUGGUUUUAGCUUUUUCUCAGCGGCUGGUGCUGCGAACAGCUCGAGGAUUCCUCUGAUGAGGAGCUUGGCUUUCCGAACCCUCUGUCUUCGUCUCAUCUGGCUCAUCUUCGCCGAAGGGAGAUUUCUGUGGGUUGCGUGGCACAAACACCACCAUCUCCGUAUCUCAAGCUUCUGGGCUCUAUCUGAACAUAAACAAGACUCAUGGCAUUGGAAAUCUCUCCUUGAUCUGAGACCUCUAGCCAGGCCAUUCAUCACCUGCAAAAUUCAGGAUGGCCUCUCUGCAAGUUUCUGGUUUGAUUCCUGGACACCGCUGGGUCCUCUGGUAAACGCCAUCGGUAACUCAGGAACCCGCAUGCUCAGACUGCCUAGCAAUGCUGUUGUUGCCGACUCCUGCAGGAACUCGCAAUGGAAUCUGCCACCACCAAGAUCAGACGUCGUUGUAGACCUUCACGCGUUUCUCACAACUAUCCCGGUCCCUACUGAAGAAGCUGGAGCAGACUACUACUCCUGGACAGUAGAUGGAGAAGAUUUCAGUGUGUUUCCAUCUUCUAAAACCUGGAGUAUCUUAAGAGAAAGUCAACCUCAACAAGCUUGGUAUAGUGCAAUCUGGUUCAAGGGACACAUUCCGAAGCAUGCUUUCACAAUGUGGGUGGCAGUCCAGGAUAGACUUCCUACUCGUUGCAGACUGUCCUCUUGGGGCAUUCUCACGCCAUUAACUUGUUGUCUAUGCUUGGCAGCAGAUGAAACAAGGGAUCACCUUUUCAUUGAUUGUUCUUUCACAAAGGAUAUCUGGAAAAUGAUGCUCCUCAGACUGUCUGAAUCCAGACAAGGUUUCGACUCUUGGAAUCAUUUACUGGCUUGGUACACUUCUGUGUCGAGCAAGUCGAUUCGAGCCCUUAGAGGUAUUGCAGUCCAAACCAUAAUCUACUCGCUUUGGAUUGAAAGAAACAACAGAGCUUUCAAUAAUCAGGUCAACACAACAUCUGAUCUUUUUAAGCAAGUUGAUAGAACAAUCAGGAACAUUAUCUCUGCUCGCAAGACCAGAAAAGCUUUCAAGCAUCUCAUGGCCCUUUGGUUGGUGUAA